GUGAAUCACAGGAUACAAGGAAUAUAAUGGAAUACAUGAACGAUAAAUUCGCUCUGAAAAGCCAAGUGAUUAAGAGCAGCGAUUAUUACUUGGGCUCUGGCGGCGCGCUGGACCAGGUCGUGGAAAGUUUGGACAGCGUGCAGUACUACAACAAGACCUCGCCUAAGUGUGUGCAGGCCUUCGGUCUUCAGAAUAACGACCACAGUACUCGGAUGGAGCGGUCCUCGCCUUGCGGUGACCAGAACGCAAAUUAUGGAAUGCAAAAAACUGAAGAGGAAACUUUGCAUUCGGACAUUGGAAGGUCACUGGACACUUGUUGCAAUCUACGGGCCUCUUCUGCCGUGGGGCAAGACAAAACGGACUUGGAUGAAAUCGGUGACAAGUGCGAUAGUAACGUAUCGAGCAGUAAGAAAAGGAGGCACCGAACGACUUUCACGAGUGCCCAGCUUGAGGAAUUGGAGAAAGUGUUUCAGAAAACCCAUUACCCAGAUGUUUACGUGAGAGAACAGCUGGCGAUGAGGACUGAACUAACAGAGGCCAGGGUGCAGGUGUGGUUUCAAAACAGAAGAGCCAAAUGGAGAAAAAGAGAGCGCUAUGGACAGAUCCAACAAGCAAAAAGUCACUUUGCAGCGACUUACGACAUAUCAGUGUUACCAAGAACGGACAGCUACACACAAAUUCCCAACAACCUGUGGCCCGGUCCCCCCCCCAGCGGCCCCGUGGUGUCCUCCUGCAUGCUCCCCCGCGGCUCCCCCCCCUGCGUCACCUCCUACUCCCCCUCCCCUCGCGCUCCUGCUGAACACGGAUAUGUGGCCUUCUCCAACCAGCAGAGCCAGUUUGGCCACGUCUCACUGAACAACUUCUUUGCAGCGGAUUCCCUCCUCACGUCGCCACCGCCCAAUGGCGGCCCGUCCUUUGAGACCAAGCCAGAGUUUGAGAGACGCUCCUCCAGCAUCGCCGUGCUGCGGAUGAAGGCAAAGGAACAUGCCGCAAACAUCUCCUGGGCCAUGUGAUGCUGAACGUCCCCCGGCCCCGGGCCAUGUGAUCUUGAACAUCACCUCGGUCAUGUGAUCCUAGACGUCGCCUGUUAACCUUAUUGUAUUAAUUAAAGCAGCCCAUAAUAACCAUGGUGAGAUGAAAGUGAAAUAGACUAUGUGCUCUGUGGUGUUGAAUAUGGGUGGACAAUAGGGCUGUAGUUGAAAUGACUGGCAAAAUGCUGGCAAGAUAUUCCCAUACAUAAGUUUACUGAGAGUUUUGAUAAUGGAAAUGGACCUGCUUCAAUGUGAACUGUUUACGGAUCAAUGUGUUUGACUGAGCACUAGAUUAUCUGACUUAAAGUUGUAUUGGCCUUGUGUGACAUGUGGUCCACUACGGUCACAAAUAGGUUGCAAAAGGUUAACACUAACACUGUGUGUAUGGUACCUAAAGGUGUCAAGGUCUAAAUGUUAUCAAGUCCCUUGUAAGUUUCAGCUUAGGACUCUCAAAGCCUAACAGCUACGAAUAGACUGACAUAAUAACAUACUCUGUUAUGAGGGAACCAAUUCUUAUUAAGCUUAAUUUCAAAUGUUGAAAUUAUA